CGGAUGGAGCCUUCGCGGUAUAUAAGCGCGGGCCAGGGCGGGCGACUGCACAACACCACUUGUUGCCGACGACAGUGCCUGCCUGUUGACAUCGCUGGAACCACACUUCAUACGAACCAGGAUGGUGCGAGCAAGCUGCCUGCUAGCGAGCUGCGUGCUCAUGGCUCUUCUGCUGGUUGUACCUUCAUCUGCUUACCCCAGGUACCCGAGCAACUAUUUCCGCGAAGAUUUGGGCCAGUACGAACCUGAAGAGAUCAUGGACAUGCUGAACCGCCUCGGAAACCUUAUCCAGAUCGAACGCAAAAUGGAAAACUAUAAAGAUGACAUUACUAGCGAGAAGCGAGCCCUCGAUCUCGGUCUUAGCCGCGGCUAUUCUGGAGCUCUCCAAGCCAAGCACCUCAUAGGUCUGGCAGCCGCCAACUACGCCGGCGGACCCGGAAGGAGGCGACGAGAUGCCAACUAAACAUAAGCAACCCGAAAACUGCACUGAGAUGGACAACUUACAACCGUCAACCAUCUACUCUGAAACCGGCAACCACAUCUCUGCAGUGACAUCACGCACGUCAUUCACAAUCUGGCUGGCUACAUUAUCAACAAAUCAUUCAUAUAGUAUAGUCAACUUUAUUCAAAUUAAAGCUUAAUGAAAAAUUUCUAUUCGGUGAUUUAACCUCCAAAUAUUCUUAAUGGUUAACGAUAUGUAACGCUUCAAAUGAUUCAAUUCUAGUCAUAGCAAUCUGUAAGACAGUACCGUACAAAGCGUAUUUUUCUAUUAUGUAGUUCAGAGUUUUAAUAUACUGUAGUCUUAUGUUUAGUAAGUCUUAGACUUGAUUUUAAUAUUCCAAGCUUUGUUCCUUAAUAAAUGAUCUGUAGACGACAAAAAUGCUUUUGACUGAUUUUGAUACUGUAUUUCUACGAGUCCAAGAUUGUACCUGUUCUAGUCAUUCCUAGUCAUCUAUGAAAAAAUCAACUGGUCUUUGUUCAUUUCGGUGUUGGUAACUUCAGUACUUAGUUAUCAUUAAAUAUGUUUCUACUAGUAAGGUUUAACCUCGGAAUGCUGUCUUGAAACGCUUAAUAUUUAUUGUAAAUUAGAAUUACUACAUUUCUUAAAAAAUCCCAGCUUUAUGCUUAGUAUAUUGUGUCAUAGAUUCAAUGUUACCAUUCCUAUGUAUGUACGUGGCAAAUUAGUGUUUAGAUAAAAAUUAAGUGAUAAAUAUCUCCUGUCUAGAGUUUAUUGUUAAAAAUAAAGAGAUAUUCAUAUUUAUAUAAA